ACUACUGAUACUUUUUUUCUGAGGAAGAGGCUACAGUCUCCUGAAAAGCAGAAACAAGAGGGACAGACCUCUACAGCACCCCUGCAGCCUCCUCAUCCAUCCCCUCGGUGAGAUUUUGGGUUCCAAUCCCCUUGGUAUCUUCUCCUCCUCCUGAGCAUCCUGUUACCAUCAUCGUCUCUCACCUCAUGCCCAGCCAGGCACUCAGACACUGACAGAGCUUUGGUUAGGGACCAAGUAAAACAACCCAGUCUCCUGACAACUCUUCCCCCCUCCUUUUAGACGCUUUUCCUUGGGAGUUAACAAUUGAGCAGAGUGGUUAAACACACUGUUGGGGGUGCGGGAGCAAAAAGAACCAUGAAGUAACCGUGCCCGCAGCUGUUGGCCUCUUCCCUCCUGGCUUUCCUGCUGCCCUGCUGUCGGUGCCCCCUAUUCCCUUUCCUCAGCGUCGUGACUGGGGUCCCGCAACCGUUGCCCUUUUAAGAGAGGCCCCGCCCACGCGGAGGGGGUGGGGCAUAGGCGGAGUCGGAGGAGUCGGGGAAGGAACAAAGCGCGGCCUGCGGGCGGCGGCUGGGCUCGGCCGGCGGGGCCGCGAGGUGCUGGGCCUGAGCCGGGGGCCCGAGCUGAGCCUUGGAGGGAAGGAGUUAGCAUCGCCGUCCGCGCCGGGCCGGCCAUGAAUGGGCUGCCCUCGGCCGACGUGGCGGGCGGCGCGGGCUGCGCCCUGGCCGGGCUCCCUCCGCUGCCGCGCGGCCUCAGCGGUCUCCUCAACGCUAGCGGGGGCUCGUGGCGGGAGCUGGAGCGUGUCUACAGCCAGCGCAGCCGCAUCCACGAUGAGCUGAGCCGCGCCGCCCGCGUCCCGGACGGGCCCCGCUACGCCGCCGGCGCCGCCAACGCGGGACCCACCGGUGGUACUCCCGGCGCGCGUCGCCCUGUCAACCUCGACUCAGCACUAGCAGCGCUGCGCAAGGAGAUGGUGGGCUUGCGGCAGCUGGAUAUGUCCCUGCUCUGCCAGCUGUGGGGCCUGUAUGAGUCUAUCCAGGACUACAAGCACCUGUGCCAAGACUUGAGCCUGUGCCAGGACCUGUCAUCCUCUCUGCACUCAGACAGCUCCUACCCACCUGAUGCUGGCUUAUCUGAUGACGAAGAGCCUCCUGAUGCCAGCCUGCCCCCGGACCCACAGCCCCUCACUGUGCCCCAGACGCACAAUGCCCGUGACCAGUGGCUGCAGGAUGCCUUCCACAUCAGCCUCUGAAGAGCUGGCAGGAGGCAAGGGGCAUGCACCCAUGCAAAACACUUAGGAAACUCACCCCUCAGCGAGUACUCAGACUACAGUGCCUGCUUUUCCCCAUACCACCUUACCACCUCACCUCACCUCACAGGAGGGCAAAGCCUGGGCCCCUCAGAGCAAAACUGCCAGUCUCCCUCCUCUCUGGGGUUAGCUGGCACUGGGGUGGGUUACCUGGGCUACAGCCUCUGCCCAUGGAACUGGACCUCCACUUCUCCCACAUGUGUGCACCCCUGCUUUAGUGCCAGACUGAAGGCUGGCAGUGGGACCCAAAGCAUCUUGCAGUCCUUUUGGCAUCUCUGGGAUUGGGACGAGUAUCUGGCUCCCACCUCUUUUCAACCUUUUGCUGCUGUUGGCAGCUGCUCAGGAGCAUCCCAUCUCUGGUCCCUGGGUUCCACGGCCCUAGACGAGGACCCCAGGUGCCAUCUCUGCACCCACCCGUGGCCAGGAGGGCCAAGGCUCUUUGCUGGGUAUUUAAGUUUAGGGGCCAGCCCUCUGGGCGCUUAAGUAAAUAAAUUCUUUCUCAGCGUU